GAUGAUUAAAACUUUCUAGAGAUGUGCAAAGCGGGGUAUUGAACAUGAUGCUCCUAUUGCUCGCUAUUAUGAAAGAUUGGCUACAGUACAAGCAAGAGGUUCUCAGGCUAGUCAUCAAGUACUAAGAGACAUUCUGAAAGAUGUACAAAGUAUUAUGGUUCCUAGAGAUAUGAUGCGUGAAUGGGCAUCUCACACUUAUACAGGUGCUACUAAUUAUUGGACAUUCCGGAAACAGUUUACAUUGCAACUGUCUCUAGCAGGAUUUGCAGAAUUUGUGCUUCAUUUGACUCGUCUGAAUCCAGACAUGAUGUACAUUCAUCAAGAUUCUGGUCUCAUGAAUAUCUCAUAUUUUAAAUUUGAUGUGGAUGAUGGAACUGGUGAACUGGAUGCCAAUCGACCUGUUCCUUUCCGUUUGACUCCAAAUAUAUCAGAAUUUAUCACACCCAUUGGUGUUGGUGGCCCUAUGACUGCAGCAAUGAUUGCCACAGCUCGAUGUUUGGUUCAGCCUAAUUUUAGAGUUCAGGCAUUACUGAGAGCAAUUUUGAUUGAUGAAAUUCUGGCUUGGUAUAAAAAGCGACAAGAUGAAUCACCCUGUACUGCUCAAGGUGACACAGAAGGGGAGUUGAUUACUAUGGUUACAAAAGCUGUGGUUGCCAUUAUGGGAAGGUUACACAAUUUAGCAACAUUUGAUGGGGCUGACAGUAAAGUGAGUACUCUAGUUGCAGCAGCAAAUAGCCAUGACAACUUGUGCAGAAUGGAUCCAGCAUGGCAUCCUUGGCUAUGAGUAGUUUUUUUGUAAUCUUGUAAAAUAUUCAUCUCAGAUAACAUCAACCUUUUUUUUAAUUUAAACAUUUAAAAAAAUAAUAAAAUCAUUUCCAUUCCCAUAUUUAAGAUUCAGAAGUCUUCAUAUUGUAAAUGUAUAAAUGAAACAAGCCAAGUAACAUUUGUAGAAUUUAAUAUAACAUGUACAAAAAUUUUGCAUAUUUGCAUACUUUUGUGAAUGUA